AGUGCGAUGGGGAUGAUAUCUGUCAUAAAGGCCAUCCUGGCCCGUUCUCUCUUUGCAAUCCACGGCAUGCUCACCGUGUGGCGAGUUACAGACGUCAACUCGAACCCCUUGUUCUAUUUGCUGAUCAUUCCGAUUUGUCUUCUACCAUUGGAGAUGAUACUAACGUUGAAAGUGACGAAAAACGGAGAGUGGAAAUGGUUUUGCCCGAGUGUGUUCCUGUACCUCGCCAGUGUUGUGCCCGGGCUGUGGCUCCUCAACUUUGACCUUUAUGGAAAACGGAUCGACUACCGAGAUUCGAUGAACCUAGAAGAUUGUUCAUCUGAAACAGUGUACAAUUCAUCUUCACUGAGCUCCGACGCUAUAUCAGGGUUGCAGAUAAACAUACCAGUUGCUCUGACGGACGAUUCUUGGAGCUUGGCCUUGGAGCAAUUCCUUCUUGCUCUUCUUCUCCUGGGAAGAUGGCUCCUCCCCAAGGGAUCGCUCACACGUGACCAGCUCUCACAACUCCUCCUGGUGUACAUCGGUAUGGCGGCGGACAUCUUGGAGUUUUCCUUGGAGACAUUGAAGGAGCAAGCGGUCAUCUGUAACCUUUUCUUGAUUAUUUUGAUCCUGGGCCUAUGGAGCUGGAGCUUGCUUCAGUUCACCCUGGUCCUCACCUCGGUUUCUGCCCCGAGAGCUAGAGCAGCUAAGAUCUCUGGGGGCAAAUCUUGCAAGGGAUGUUUCGGAUGUUGCGAGAAUGAAAUCUGGGCUUUAUGGAUCACCAUCGUAAUGCAAGACGGGCCUUUCUUGGCUAUGAGGCUCUAUCUUUUGAUUGACUACAAUAUCAUCAAUCAGAUGAUGUUGUUCUUUACUCUUAAGAACUUCCUGGUCAUCAUGCUGCAGUUGUACCGCAUGGCUAUUGUGUGCUGUGCCGACGAUAACAAAGUCGGCACCGACGUUGAAGAAAUUGUGGGAAAAGACAAUAACGAAGAAGAUUCCCAGCAAGCUGUCGAAGUAGGCCAACCAUAA